UGACAGAUCAACUUACUCAUGCGGUUUACAUUCGACUUUUUCGAGUAUUUCUACAUUUUUUACAAGAUAUGGCUCCACCUCCGAGAGGGAAGAGACCCAGGUUUUUUGAUCCUGAUGAGGUUCGUGAGAUGGUUAUGAGAGAGACACCACCAGCAUUAGCUAGGGCCGAUUCUGAUUCGGAUGAGUCGCUAGAAAGUGCGAGCGAGUCAGAGCCAGACUUGGAGCCGGAGAGGUCCGGCGAUGAGCAGGGCGGAGAGGUCGGUGGCGGUUUAGGGACGGACGAUUAUCAGCAUGAUUCUGACAGCGAGGUUGAAGAUGAUGACGAUCAACCACAACAACAGCUACCACAACAGCAACCAGACAUGUGGAUUGAUCUCGGCGAUGAAGACUGGGCACCUUCGUGGCAGCAGAACUCGUACCAAGAAAGGCCAAAACUUCUCUUCGAUCACACCGACUACGAGCCUGUCGACUACUUCUCACAGUUCUUUCCUGAUGAAGUGUUUGAGCUGAUGGCAACUCAGACAAAUUUGUACGCAAAACAGACCAUUGGAAGGUUAGGUGUGCUGCAGCAACACUCCAGAUUGAACAAGUGGACGGAUACGACUCCUGCAGAGCUGAAAGCCUUUAUAGCUCUUCAAAUGGCGAUGGGCCUCGUGACCAAGUCUGCUACCGACCAGUACUGGGAGGAAAACUGGCUUCUCGGCACACCUGGAUUCUCUACAGUCAUGUGUUGUAAUAGGUACCAACUGCUAAACUCCAUGCUGCACCUGGUCGACAAUGAGCUGAGGAUUCCCCGCGGACAACCUGGUUAUGAUCCUCUGUUCAAAGUCCAGCCUGUUAUAGACCUUGUUCGCCCAACAUACCAGCAGUCUUUUUCACCAGGUCGUGAACUGGCGGUCGACGAAAGCUUGGCACCGUUCAAAGGGAGACUCUCUUUUCGACAAUUCAUGCCUAUGAAGCCAAAGAAGUUUGGUGUAAAGUUCUGGGUAAUUACCGACUCAUCCAACGGUUUCUGUCUGGAUUGGAGCGUAUACACCGGCAAGGAGGAAGGGAGAGGAGGAGACGGUUUGAGCACCAAAGUCGUCAAAGACCUGACUCGGCCUUAUGCUGGGAGUGGACGCCAUGUAUACAUGGACAAUUUUUAUACAUCGCCACAGUUAUUCGAGGACCUGAAGGAAGUUAAUCUUGGUGCAUGUGGGACCCUCCGUCUCAACCGAAGGGGCAUACCGCCAAUGAUGAGGGAAGCAGCUGCCGCAGCCCGGAAAGGUGACGCACCAAAAUUCUUCAGGAGAGGUGACAUGCUGGGUGUCACAUGGCACGACACAAAGCGGGUCAGCGCUCUGUCAACCAUCCACCCAUCUGGAUGUCAACAGAGGCAGGUGCGUGACAGAAGAUCGGCAGGAGGGGUUCGUCAGGUCACCAAGCCAACUGCAAUCUGUGGCUACAAUUCAUCAAUGGGAGGAGUAGACUUACUGGACCAGCGUAUGUCCUACUAUCGCUAUCCUCACCGGCAUAUAAAAUGGUAUAUGGUGGUAUUCCACUUUUUACUUGAAGUUGCACUCGUCAACGGAUAUCUCGCCUAUCGUUUGGCUACGGGCUCUUCUGUGUCAACAAGGAAGUUUCGGAUGGAGGUCAUCAAUGGACUCGUCAAUGGCUUCGUGAAGAAGCCAGCAGGUCGCCCUAAGGUACUAAGAGAAUCGACACGUGACAACCGGGAUGCCCUGAGAUAUGAAGGCCAACACUUCGCGGGGAAGAGAUGCUCUGGUGGGAAGGGGAGAUACUACCCAGACUGUGUUGUUUGCUCUAAGAAGAACGGAAAUGGACGUAAGACAACUUCCUACUAUUGCAAGCGAUGCCAACUGCCCAUGUGCUUGGAACCGUGCUUCCAGAACUACCACUCUCCACGUGCUUGAACACUGAAUAGUUUACUGACUUGGCCCAUGUGAUGUCUUGGUUUUGUCACCUCUUUUAGUUUUAUCUAAAGGACUAUGCCAUGGCAGUAUCAUUAGUGCAAUCCUAAUAAUUGUGCAAUGUUGUUUCUUAUUGUUUUAUCAUGUAUCCAUUGUUUACUCUUAAAUGAUAAUCUUAUUAUUUUUACGUUAUCAUUUAUGUCUUAUAUAACUAAGUCAAUGAAUAUGCACCGAUUUUUCUGAGGUAGUUUGGAGGUGAUGGCUGUUGUCUAUUUUGUCUAUUUUGUCUAUUUCAUAAGUUAUUUUUCAAACUUUGUGCCAUGAUUAUUGCCGUAAUAUAUUAAUUGAACACCUGCUUUAUUUAUGCAAUAUAGUUUUUAGUAAUGGUAAUCCUCUGACAAGCAUUUACAAGGCUGAAUUAUUUUCUGAUUACUGUAAAUAUUGUACAUACAGUCAUAUUCAAAUACAUGUAUAAUGAGUUAUUGACAAUAUUCCGUGAUAUUACUGGAGGCGUUGUACAUAUGUAACUUAUGAUGUGAAAAGCAAUAUUUCAUUUACUUUGUUAUUUAUUGAUAGCUGAUAUUUAUUGUUUCUUUUGCACAGUCUGUGCAUUUGAAAAACUUUAUGCCAUGAAUAUUGCCAUACUUUACUGAUUGAACUAAUUGAUAAAAUGUUGUUUCAAUUUGUCACAUGGAUCCAGUAAAAUGUAACCAAACAGUAUUCAACUGUAUCACAAAGUUA